AUGGAAAGUGAUGAAACAGAAUUUAAAAAAAACGAAGAGACUUCAAUACCAAAGUUAGUUUUGAAACCAGUGAAAAAACACUCAGGUCGGAGGGCAGAUACAAUUGCGGUAAACGCUCAGAGCUAUGAGUUUUACUUGGAAAAAAAAAAUGUUACUCCUCUGCCGCUCGACAGCACUACAUUUGUUCGUAUGGAAGAGAAAGAUAUAGAAUUGUCGAAAAAAGAGGAUUCAAAUUUCAUGAAAGAGACUGCCGAAACGCAUACAGAAGGAGAUGCUAUUAAUUACUUCUUACACGGUUCAACCGAAACGGCUAAUAGCCUGUUACGUGACGUUUUUACCAAAUAUCAGUACAACCAGAAUGCUGAGACGACGCAAUAUAAAGCUGGUCCCAAUAUGAUCAACCAACACGAGGUCAUUGAAAAAGGAUACGAGAUCGAAUUGACCGAAAGCGACACGUUUUUUCUGUUAGAAUUUCGUGGUGGCAUUGCUGUGGAAGGCGAUGGAGAUUAUGAAAGAGUCUUGGAAGAGAACGCUCGUCACCGGAAAAUCGCUGCACGACCGAAGAAUUUGGUGGAGAGCAGCACCCAAACUGUAAACACCCUUAUGGAACGCGACGAUAGAGUAUGUCAAACCCAAAAUUCGUCUUCGACUGCAGCCGGCACCCAAGUGUCUGUUUAUAAUUUAAUGUACGAGUACGACAUCAAAGAAGAGUCGGAUUUGCCAGAAGAAAAACAUACGUCCUUGGUACCUGUGGAUUCUGAUGACAAUAUGCUUCACAAACAAGAACAACCGUUUAUAGAUAAACAAGCGUUGGCAGUAAACGCAAUGAUAAUGGAACGAGUAUUAGCCAGCAACUCGAUGGCCCAUCAACAGCUUAUGCUAAACGAGGAUUUGCCAUACAGGACGUUGGAAAGAGGAAAACAGUGUGACAACUAUGAAUGUGUAUUUGUUUAUCGAUGCGCUCUGGGGAAUGAAAUCAAUAAAAAUCUGACGGCUAGAUGCUUGGACUGGAACAUGGCGACCAAACACCUUCUGGCCGUCGGUUAUGGUAAAUUUUUUUACGAUUACAAUGAGACACCGGGAGCAGUGGCCGUGUGGAGUAUUAAGAAUCCACAGAACCCAGAAAGAUUUUACGAAUUCAAUAAAUCAGUUACGUGUUUGAAGUUUUUCGUGGAAAAACCAAACUUCUUAGCAAUAGGAUUCUAUUGCGGCAACGUCCUGAUCAUCGACAUAUCCAGUACAAGUUUGAAUGUCAUUUUUGAUAAGUCCGUUCAGUUUUCAGGAAUAGAUCCAAUUCUUGAUCUUUAUUGGACGUUCCAAGUUAACAUUAAACUACCUGACGUUGUUCCAUCUGAAAGUCUAGUAACUUGCGAUGGUAACGGUAGAGUAGUCAGUUAUUCAUACAUACACAAUUUAUUCGAAGAAAAAGAACUUGUUCAACUUGAUGAAAUCAGCAUGUCUAAUAACACAAAGAUAGAACAGACAAACUUGGACAAAAAGUUCAAACUGGAGAGGUUUCAGAGUGCCACUCGGUUUAUGGAGUUUGACCAAAGUGUGUAUUUUGUGGGCACUGGAUGUGGUACAUUGAAUAUUUGUUCGUACCACAGCUCACGAAAUAAAUAUAUUAGGAAAGUCAAGGCUCACUUUGGAUCCAUUAACUCUUUGGAAUGUUCUCCGUUCAGUAAACCCGUAUUUUUAACUUCAGCAAGAGAUCGCUGCAUUAACAUUUGGGUGGGUUUUAAGCUCAAAGAACCGGUGUUAAUCUUAAACUGCGAACAACAUGUCGAGAAAGCCAUUUGGAGCCCAACUCGAUCAACCAUUAUUGCAUCGAUCGCGGAAAACACGAUACAAAUUUGGGAUUUAGCAUUAUCCUUUUUGGAUCCAGUAGUAGUUCACGAUAUGGAGCCUAAGCAAAAACCUACCGAUAUAAAAUUUACUCCAAAUGGUUUCAAUAUAUGCGUAUCAGACGUGUUCGGUUAUGUAAAUUUCUUCACGUUGGCAGGUGUACCAGUAAAAAUGAUCAAUCCAGAACGCAGUCUCAUGAUAAAUAUAGCAAAAAGCGUAGAAGAUAAAAAAUAUUUGGUUGCGGAUCUUUGUAAAGAACAGCCGGAAUAUAUUGAAAUUUUUAAAGAGUUACAGUAUAGGUACCAAAAGGAAAACAUAGUAUUCUAA